AAAAAUCUUGAUAUACAAACAUUUCUACAAUUAUCCAAAAUGAUUUGUGAUUUUUUCGGUAAGUACACAUGUUAUACUUUGUGUUGUUGAUUGUAAAUCAAUAUUUUUGUCGAUCAGGCUUAUGGGAUUCAAAAUUUGCAUUAUUACGAAAUGAUGUGGAAGGGAAUAUUAAAAAAGUAUCACGUGCAUCUACCAAUCUACAUGUGAAUACGUUAUAUGACUUAUUAGCUAAUGAAAUAAAUCGUGAUGAUUCUUCCGGAUCAAUUGGUUUAUUAUGGUUAAAGCGUACAUUUCAAUUUCUUAUUUGUUUCCUGCAUUACUUUGCUCAAUCUAAGAAUAAUGAAUUAAUACGUGAUAUGAUUAUAAGAGCUUAUGAUAAAACAUUGACAAGAUAUCAUAACAAAUUAAUGCGUCAUGCAUUUCGUUUUGUUUUACUCAUUGUCCCUAAACGAUCGGUAUUUAUUAGAAAAUUAGGAUUGGAACAGGAUAAUUGUGAGUUGUUGGUACUUAGAGAAGCAGGACAAUUUGCAGUGUCAAUCGAAGCUCAUGUUCAAACUUUAAAUCAAAUGUUAGUUUUAUUCGGUUUGGAAGAUCCACUGAUUAGUUGAAUUAUUUGUUUUUCUUCUACUUCUUCUUCUUCUUCUUCUUCUUCUUCAAAAUAAUCUAUCCAUUUGAAUUCAUUCUCAUUUCGCGCUCCUUAUCACAUCAACAUCAAUCCAUUCAAAAUAGAAUGUUAGAUAUUACCAACCAUGUAAUUUAUUCUCAUAGAUCAUCCUCACCAUCACCAUCACCACCACCAUUAUCAUCAUCAUCAUCAUUAUCAUCAACGACAUAUUCAAAGGAGACCUUCUGUGUUACCGGUUUAUAUUUUCAAUUAAACUUGGGAUCUUUCAUUUUUUGUUUGUUUCCAACACCUCCUUUCUUUAUUCAAUACAUUGAAUAAAUUUAAAAGUAUUUUUAUAACAGAAUCUAUUUUUUAAGAACUAUCUUCAGAUAUUACUUUAUUGUUAAUUCAGUGACAAGUUUGGAAGGAGGCUGGGUGUGGUGGUGGACAAUCAAAUUGUAUUUCAAUACAACAUAACAGAGCAUCAUUGUAAACUCAAUCAAUACUUCAUUGGUAAAAAAUGUUAAACAAUCAUCGCAGAUAUUGUCGUUUCUACGUUUCUAUACCAAUCACUCACUGGUGUCAUUCUCUUCUCUUUGAUCAUGUCGACCUUCGAUCUUCAGUCAUUACACUUUUGUUUGGUGAUACAUACUACUUAUAUCUGUCAAAAUCAGUAGUACACACUGCAAUUUUAUUUAGUAAUGUGUGAAAUUCUUAUUGUUCAGUGUGUACUUUUGUGAUAAUUUUCUUUUAAGAUGUAAUAGUGGUAUAUAUGUAUGUGUGAUAUCAAAAGGGGUUUUGUGAAUAUUAUAGUAGUUUUAAUAGUUGAGAUCAUAAGUCAACUAAAGCAAAACACCACCAUAGAAAACCUGGAAGCACUAGACGGCCAUUUCGUCCUACUGUGGUCCUGAGUUUAAGUCUUGCGAGGCGGGAUCAUGGAUGAGCACUACUGUGGAGUCCUACAGUAGGACGAAAUGGCUAUUCAAUGCUUUCAGGUUUUCCAUGAUGGUCUAGCUUCAAGUGAUUCAUGAUCUCAACUAUAUUUUUUUGACUUUUUUUUCAAACUGUUCUACUUGAUUAUUUUUUGAUAAACAAAAAGACAAUAUGAUAUACACAUACUUCCUUUACAUUCCAUUGUAUAAAGUGUUACUUAAAUAUACAUAUAAACUUUAGAAUAUUCUUAACACAAUA